CGGCCAGGCACAGAUUGAGCGAAAUGUCGCCCCACAGGGAGCAGUGACCCUCCUGCGCCUGGGCGGCAGCAAUAUCAUUUCAGCAUAGAUGACCAUGCUGCCUGCAAUUCAAGUGUGGUUUGGAGAAGACCUGCCUCUAAGUCCACGGAGUCCUCUGACCCCCAGACAUGGGCCAGGUUUGGCUGAUGUUUGUCAGUAUGAUGAGUGGAUAGCUGUGAGGCACGAAGCUACCCUGUUGCCCAUGCAAGAAGAUCUGUCAAUCUGGCUAUCUGGUUUAUUAGGUAUUGAAGUUAAGGCAGAAAGGUUAUUGGAAGAACUUGAUAAUGGAGUACUGUUAUGCCAACUGAUUGAUGUUCUUCAAAACACGGUGAAAACAUGCAACUCUGAAGAACCAGUGAAUUUUCCAAUGAGAAAAGUGCCCUGUAAGAAAGAUGCUGCAUCAGGUUCGUUCUUUGCUAGAGACAAUACUGCGAACUUCCUUCACUGGUGCAGGCACAUCGGCGUUGAUGAGACUUACCUCUUUGAAUCUGAAGGUUUAGUUUUGCACAAAGAUCCGAGACAGGUGUAUCUUUGUCUUCUUGAAAUUGGUCGAAUUGUGUCAAGCUAUGGGGUUGAGCCACCAGUAUUAGUAAAAUUUGAGAAAGAAAUUGAGCUAGAAGAGACCUUACUUAAUACUUCUGGGCCUGAAGAUUCCAUCAGCAUUCCAAAAUCAUGCUGUCAGCAUGAAGAGCUGCACGAAGCUGUUAAACACAUUGCUGAAGACCCUCCUUGUAGUUGUUCUCAUCGAUUUUCUAUUGAGUACUUAUCUGAAGGACGGUAUCGACUAGGAGAUAAAAUACUUUUUAUAAGAAUGCUUCACGGAAAACAUGUCAUGGUCCGUGUCGGUGGAGGCUGGGAUACUCUUCAAGGAUUUUUGCUUAAAUAUGACCCCUGUCGAAUAUUACAGUUUGCUACACUAGAACAGAAAAUUCUAGCAUUUCAAAAAGGAGUUUCUAAUGAAAGUGUGCCUGAUUCGUCCGCCAGAGCACCUCAGCCUCCUGAAAUGAAUCCUUUGUCAGCAGUUAGCAUGUUUCAGAAACAAAAUUCAAAACCUGGCACACCAAUUGGUAUUCCAAGGAGCAAAGAGAAGCAGGUACGUCUGCCAGGUGUGUUGCCACCAGCAUCUUCCCUGAAAGGAGGCAAUCUGGCCUGUGGGUCAGUCCGUUCUAAAUUUCCAACUUCUCCAGCAGUGUCCUCUCAUCUCAAACUCAGAUCUUCAAAGGGCGUAACAAAGAAACCGGAGGCUCCUUCAAACGAUGCAUCACCUUCAUCUGCUUCUUUAACUCCAGUAGGUAAAAGCACUUUCUCACCAGCUUUAUUAAGAACUGCACCUUGUGUAUCUGAGUCGUUGAGAAAAUGUGUCUCAUCACCCAGUACUCCUAAGGCCAAGCUUAUUCCAGCCCAGAAGUCAAGAGAUGUGCCUGAAUCCACACUUUUGCCAAGUAAGUGUUCUGGAAAAAUUGAACCAAAGCAUUUGAAACACCAUCAUGUGUCUUCCAGGGAUUAUGCAGUCUCUCAUUCAGCUGCACGUUUAAAUUCAUCAUCAAAGUGUCCAAAGCCACCUAAGGCAAAUCUGCACGUAAGGCCUAACCCUUCUCCUUCUUUCCAGUCUCCUGGAAAAGUGACAGCAUCCAGUUCCAAAACGAUAACCACGGGUCUGAGAACACAGUCUCAGCCACGUGUUGGAGCUCCGCAAGCGGGGGCAAUGCCAGCACAGAAACUUAAGUCAGCCUUGAAUUUAAACCAGCCACUUUCUGUAUCCUCAGUUGCUCCUGCAAAAGCUGCAGAGAAGUCGAAAGAUAACAUGGUUUCAGUUGCCAAAAAGCAGCCUCAGAGUAAAAGCACGUCCCAGAAGACAGGACCCAGCUCCUCCAGGUCCCCGGGCCGUACCCCGCUGUCCAUUGUGAGUCUUCCCCAGUCUUCUGCCAAAGCACAACCUGAACCAAAGUCAGCACAGACUGCCACCAAGAGCCAGUGCUUAGCCAAAGGGCCUCCCCAAAGUGGCAAAGCCCCGGCUGCAACCAGGAAGCCACCCUCAUCUGGCAAGGAGGCAGUUAGUGGAGAUAAAAAACCUGCAAAGAAGAAGGAAGACAAUGAUCAUUAUUUUGUUAUGACUGGAAGUAAGAAACCUAGAAAAUAAACAUAAUGUGUCAUUCUAAGAGAAGAGAGGAAAGAAAGAGAGUGAGUGUGUUAGCUGCACACCUUAAAAGUUUCUUCUAUUUGUGUUUAUCCAAAUAGGUUCAGACAUUAAGUACAAUAAGAUGGGGGUAGAGGUUGGGGCGAGGAGGGGCUCAUCAGAAUUCACACACCUGAAUUCACCAGAAGGUACCCUUUUAAGGUGAACAGUGGUAAAAUCACCGGGAGAUUCUUAUUAGUUAUAGACAUUUAUAUGAUUUUCAGUCCAUGACAUCUUUGUUAAUGUCUGCCCAUUAAUGGAAAUGUAAAGUCAAAUAACACUACUAGGUUUAUAACUGUAGUUGCUGUAUUUUGAAUGUGUGUUAAAUGUGGACGUUAUUACCUGCUAAUAGAAACGGAGGUGCUCUUAGUAUAAGUUACUGCAUUUUAGUUUAAAAGCAACGGUUUGGCACUUGUCUUGCAAAAGACAUCUUAUUUUGUUUCCUGUUCAGGAUUGCCUGAUGGAACAAUACUAAGUACCAGUGGCUGCUGCUCAUUAGCUUCCUGUUACUCUGGGUUUGGUAGAAUUGCUAUUAUUUAAAAUUUUUUUAAGCUUUCCAAAUCAGAAGGAACUGAUUUUUUUAACUGACUUCUAUUAACCUUGGUAAUAUUUUGUUACCAGUAUUUUUGGUAAAAAAAAUAAAAUUAAGGUAUUGAAAUAUAAAUUGAAACUUGGAAAAAAAUUUUUUCACAUAUUAUUUAUAAGAACUUAUACCUUAUAUUUUAGAUGGACAUUGUGCAAUGUGAAAGGGGAAACGAUUUAGUAGCUUUUAGCAUAUUAGAAAUAUUUUUUAAUAGUGUAAUUUUCUGUGAGUGCAGAUAUCAAUUUUUACAUUAAAAUAAUGUUUAACAUCAGAAUUAUGUUUUAACAGUCUUAAAAUUAAGGUGAUAUUAAAGAAUAUUAAAGUGGUGCUACAUAAAAAUUCUGUCAUGUGAUUACUAUUUUUCUUUAGCACAAUAAUACAAGUUUUAAUUAGAGGUUUCCAAUUAUGUUAAUUUUCUUCAAUAAAGUCAUGCUGCCUUCAGUUUUCCAAUGGCAAAUGGACAGUAUGUAUGCAGCGUUUUCUAUUCUGUAGGCAGAUUCUCCAAGGAACUUACCCAGAUCAUGUGGUGGCUAUAUAGACUAUCGAUCUGGGAUGAUAUUUGUAAAUAAUAUGUUUUUUAAUAGAUUGUGACUAUUUAAAAAAUUGUUAAUGUACUUUCAGAAGUUUUAGGGGUGUGUUUAAUAACUUUACAGUAUUAUCAGCUAUCACAGGUUAUUUUCCGUAUUGAGGUCUGUGUUUCCCUAUUUUAAACUAAAAUGUGUUUUCUAAAGAAAAAUAACGGUUCACACAAAUGUGCAAUCGUAGAAUAAUCAUCUUAAGCUGACUACUGAUGUUUGUAGAUUUUAAAGCAAGAAACUUUUGUAUAAAAGUAAGCUAUCUUUUGUCUGAGAAAUACAGUUAAAAUCAAAGCUGCGUGCAGGCUAGUUUUUGAAAUAAUUGAUGCUUCUCUUCUUAAAAGAGACAGUCACCAAAUAUUUAGUUGCGUUCCACUGUUGAUCUGGGCAUUGAGGGAGAUAAUAUUUACAUCUUUGGAAAGUGAAGUCAGUGUUCAAGAAGUACCAGAAGGGGCUUCCCUGGUGGUGCAGUGGUUGAGAAUCCGCCUGCCAAUGCAGGGGACACGGGUUCGGGCCCUGGCCUGGGAAGAUCCCACAUGCU